AAGUGGCCGGAUCGACAGCUGUUGGUGAUGUGUUGUGACUACCACAUUCACCGUUACAUCGACGCCCCCCUCCUCCUCUUCGCCUGGCAACACCUGUGUAUUUCGGCCGAUAUUCGCCAAGACACGUUGGUGGUCGUGCUUGAUGAGACGGUGCUGGAGUUCGAGGCGAAGCGCGGGGAGGCGGAGAGCGACCCUGCGACGGCGGUCGUGCGCGGCGCCGGCCAGAUCAUCCUCGGCCAGAACAACAACCCCGACGCCGAGUGGGACAUCACGCAGGCCUUCCACGGCGAGCUCCUGGACUUCAGGAUCUACGACGCGGCUCUGGGGCUGGACGAGAUGCGGGCGUACGUGGACUGCGCGCCGGAGGGCAUCGCCGCGGAGCCGCUCUACGCCUUCGGGAGCAACAUGUCCCACCUGCGGCUGAGCGGCGAGAGCAAGGAGGUGGCCUUCCCGAUGGGCGAGAUCUGCGAGCGCUCCAGGGGCAUGGUGAUGCUCAUGCCGGAGAAGAUGAAGUUCGCGGAGGCAGACAAGCUGUGCAAGCUGUUCAUGGGCGCGCUGGCCGUCCCGCGCAGCGAGGAGGAGAACGCCCAGAUCUUCGACGACUUCAUCCGCUUCAACGACCAGUGCAUCCAGGGCUGGGCGGCGCUCUACUGGAUGGGCCUCAAGAGCGACCCGAACCGCACGGACUGGUUCUACCUGGAGGACGACUCGCGCAUCACGUACGGCAGCUGGCUGGAGGGCUGGCGCGGCCCCGACGAGGAGUACCCGUGCGCCACGGGGGCCGCCGUCAACUUCCCCUACUUGUGGUACAAGGCGGACUGCGACACCCUCACCUGCCCGCUCUGCAACUUCACGGCGCCGCCCACGCUGCGCCUCCGCGGCCUCUGCAAGCUGUCCAAGUUCGACCGCACCUACACGCUCAUGGACUACCACAACGGGCGGCCGGUGUUCGAGGGCGACUUCUUCACCCGCAUCGUGUGGGGCAACGGCACCUGGAGGAUGGAGAGCCGCAGGGACAGCGGCGUCGAGGCGCUCAUGGUGGAGAAGCGGACGGCGGGCUACCCCCUGGGCCUCGCCGCCUGGGACGUCGAGGGCGACGACUGCGCGCAGCAGAGGGUCGACUUCCUCCUGACCCCCUGCGACCCCGAGGACUUCACCUGCAGCGACGGCUCCUGCAUCAAGAUGACCCGCCGCUGCGACCAGAAAACCGACUGUCCGGAUAACAGCGACGAAUUAAACUGCCGCAUCCUCCUCGUUCCCGAAGGAUACUCACCCGAACUCCCUCCUCCGAGUCUCGACAAGGACCCGCUCCCGCUCACCGUGGCCUUCGAGAUCACCUCCGUCAGGCAGUUCGACCUCAUGGGCUUCCGGAUGCAGCUGGAGGUCGUGCAGAGCAUCACCUGGCGGGAUCCGAGGGUCAAGUUCGCCAACCUCCGCCAGGGGGAUUUCGUCAACGAGGCGAAGGCCCGCGAAAAAGUGUGGUUACCAAAAGUGGUGAUUCAAGACGGCGCCCGCGGACCAACUGACGUCAUCAUGAGAGCCGAGUUCCUAUUGGUCGACCGCGAAGGACCUCCCCUUCCUGAUGACGACACCAUGGCGGCCGAGGAUAAGCUUUACGACGGGACUUCCCACAGCAUGAAGAUGGUCCAGCAAUAUACCGUGGGCUUCAUGUGUCAGUUUCGGCUUCAGAUGUAUCCGUUCGAUACCCAGCAGUGCAUUCUGACUUAUAAUAUCUCCAAUAUGCGAGAUAAUUAUGAGUUUGUGAAGGGUGGUGUAGACUUCACGGGGGAAAGGAGACUGCUAGAGUACAUGUUGGUUAAAGAACAAAUGAUUAGCCAGGUGAAGAAAGGUCCUGGGGCUGUGCAGGUAUUUUUCAAGUUUAAGAACCAGUACGGUUACUACAUCGGUAAUGCUGUCGUCCCCAGUCUCUUUAUGGUUGUCAUCUGUUAUGUGACGCUAUUUUUCGACCUGCACGAUUUUCAGGACCGUAUCAUGGUAUCCCUGACGUCACUCCUGGUUUUGGCGGCCUUGUUCAGCCAAACGAGCCAGUCCAUCCCCAAAACGGCCUACCUCAAGCACAUCGACGUGUGGUACAUCGUCCUCAUCACCAUCGACUUCCUCAUCAUCAUCAUCCUCGUCAUUAUCGAAAAUCUGCGCAUGAUGGAGUCACCUUCGUCAGGUUCCCGGAUGUUCAUUCAGGUGGCACCGGCGACGGACUAUAAGGAACAGCAAGCGAAGAAGGAUUUCUCGCCCACGCCCUCGAGACAGGAUCGGAAUCGGUGGUGGUGGUGCUUCUUCUUGUCGGCGAUGAAGGUGAAUCGGAUUUCGAUCUUCUUCUUGCCCAUCGCUACGGUUGUCUUUUGUCUUGUCUUCUUCGUCACCGGUUUCAUCACUUAUAACUCCAAGUGAAAUGGAGUCAGUGUGUAAGCUCAAUUGUAGAUUUUGGCAAUUCCUUUUCUUUUUAUUCCAUUUUUUACUGUAGGUUCUAGAGAUUUUAGCAUUUCAUUUUCUUUAAAUUCCAUUUUUACUGUAGAUUCUAGAGAUGAAAGUCAAUAGGCGAGCGAUCGUCUUGCCUGUCGCUACGAUCGUCUUUUGUUUUUCGUCACGGGUUUCAUCACUUAUAACUCCAAGUAAAAUAGAGCUCCAAAUAAAAUAAAACAUCUAUGCACGGUAGAUGAUUAUAUUUUUAGACGGAAACGGUUUAUGGAGAUGAGAGAGCCCAAUUGUAGGUUUUUGCAUUUCAUUUUCUUUAUUACUCUUUUUCACUAUAGACUCUUGUGAUAAAGGUCAAUAAGGGAUCGAUCGUCUUUUGUCUCAUCCUCACGGGUUUCAUCGCUUAUAAACUCCUUGUAAUAUAAAGGGAUAUCUGAAAACGACUAAUUAUUAUAUAUUUUUGGACGAAAAUAGUAUAUGAUGAUUUUAGACAUUAGGGAAACUUUAUUUUUAAAAAAUCUCAAUUAUAGCUUUUUGCAUUUAAUAUUCUUUAUCAUUCUUUUCACUGUUUAUAACUAAGUAAACCAGAGGGUUAUAUGCCCACGGUUGAUAAUUCUAAUUGUAAACGAAAAUAUGUAUAUGGUAAUUUUAGGCAACAGAGACUAUUUUUUAAAAC